AUAAGAAACAUUAGUUUCAUUGCAAUCUUGUCGAUAGUUACAACAACGCGGAAAUAUAUAAAAAAUGAAUAAAUUAAGUAUUGUCUUAAUCAUUUCCUGCUUCGCGGUGAUUUUUGCCGAGCGCCCCGAUUGGUAUCCCAAAGAUGAACUAGCAGUGGAAGCCAAAUGUCGAGAGGAAAACUCCAUUAGCCCAGAACUCAUGACAAAAAUAUGGUCCAGUCGGAUUGAAGAUACUCCACAAGUACGCAACUAUGUAAUGUGCUUAGGCCACAAUAAGAAUUUUUACAAUUCCGAAAUGGGCUUUAAAGCUGACCGUUUAUUGGUGAUCAUGAAAGAAAGAGCAAACAUGGAUUGUAAGCCAGGAUUUGUUGAAGGAUGCGCAGAGGAGGGCAAAGAUAUAGAACCUGAGGAUGCCAUGCUCUUCAAAAUAAUCAAAUGUGUUAUCGUUGGUGGAGAAGAAAAUUGUAAGAAGGCUGAAUAAUAACAAUAAAAAUAUAAUUAAAUUGAAAA